UUUGUGCCUGAAUUGUUUGUCUUUGAAGUGAAAGGUAUAGUUUUGCUGUAGCCUCAGCACCUGCCGCCACCAUGCAGGGCAACGGUGGAGUGUACGCGGUGAAGAAGAGGAGGAAGCCUCUUCAGAAAAAUGCAAAACCUCCACCGGUGAAGACCAAUCCGUCCAAACGCCACCGGGACCGUCUGAAUGUGGAGCUGGACCAUCUGACCAGCCUGCUGCCUUUCUCUGAGGAGGUCAGAGGGCGUCUGGACAAACUGUCAGUGCUCCGCCUCAGCGUGGGUUACCUGAAGGUGCAGAGCUACUUCCAUGCAACGCCAACUGCUAAUGUAAAGUCGGCUCCUGCAAAAGGCAAAAAUGGAGAGACUACGUCUCUGGAUGGAGUCGGUUUCUCAGAAGGAGAAUUCCUGCUUCAGGCUCUGAAUGGUUUUGUGUUGGUUGUGACGACUACUGGCGUCAUCUUCUAUGCAUCCCCGACUAUCCUGGACUUCCUGGGCUUCCAUCAGUCGGACGUCCUCCAUCAGAGAGUGUACAAUCUAGUUUACGUGGAUGACAGAGAGACGUUCAAAUGUCAGCUUCACUUUGCCCUCAACCCCGGUGAAGAUGGGCAGUCUGGAUGUAAAAGUUUGUGCAGCUCUCAGAGCUUCCUGCCUCAGUACCUCCCUCCUGAGAACUCCUCAUUUCUGGAAAGGAGCUUCUGCUGCCGCCUGCGAUGCCUCAAAGACAACACUUCUGGAUUCCUGGCUCUAAACUUCAAUGGACGCCUCAAGUACCUGAAAUUACAGGGAGGCACCGGUGCUGAUGGGAAUGCGGCUCCUCCUCAGCUUGCUCUGUUUGCCAUUGCCACACCUGUGCAGUCUCCGUCUGUCAUGGAGAUCCGCACCAAGACCAUCAUCUUCCAGACCAAACACAGAAUGGACUUUGCUCCUCUGGGCAUAGACACCAGAGGGAAACUUGUUUUAGGUUACACGGAGGUGGAAUUGGUCACAACAGGCUCGGGUUAUCAGUUCGUUCAUGCUGGUGACAUGAUGUACUGCGCUGACAACCACCUCAGGAUGAUGAAAACUGGAGACAGCGGCUUCACGUUCUUCAGGCUGCUGACUAAAACACGACAGUGGCUCUGGGUUCAAGCCUCUGCCAGGUUAGUCUUCAAGGACGGGAGACCAGACUUCAUCAUCGCACGCCAGAAAGCGCUCACAAAUGAAGAAGGAGAGGAACACCUGCGUCAGAGGCGACAGCAGCUUCCCUUCAACGUUGCCACCGGCGAAGGUGUUCUGUAUGAUUUUUCUUUGGAUGUUUUUUCCACCGAUGGUCCUUCUGGCUCCGACGCACCAGGCACCUCCGAGUCCACACCGGAGAAACCUCUGGACCCCGCCUCACUCUUGGGAUCCCUUCGCCGCCAGGACCACUCUGUUUACAUGCAGCCAGAGAGGCCCAGUCCCCAGCUCCCAGUCUUCUCCCAGACAGAGGACACUGAUUAUGAGCAAAUCCAACCGUCCUUGGAGCAGACGUUUCUGGACAGCCAUGCUCUGCUCAGUGUGCCCGGUGAGGGCCAGGCUCUGCAGAAGAGACUGAGCACAGUGGACCUCACAUCUGACGCCAUGAUUGAGUCUUUGGAGCAGAUUUUGGGAGAUUUUGGGGAUGGAGGGAUAGAGGGCGUUGAUGUGGAUGAGAUAGAGCUGAGGGACUGGGAGAACACCCUCAUCAGGAUGAAUAAAGAGAGAGAGGAUGCAGAGAGGGAACUGAAUCGCACCCUGGCCAAUGAUGUGUUCACAUACGUGGAGGAGGCUCUGCAGAGAGAGAGCAGUGGGUUUGUUAUUCAGCGAUCAGAUGUCGCUGGGUGUAACGUUUCUGGUAUGAUCAACAAUUUAUCCAUUCAAGGUGAAAAUCAUGGGUUUGUGGAUAAUGAGCCACAGUGGCAGCAAAUGAUGGACAUUAAUUCUACGCAGACUAGAUUUGGAAGAGAAGGAAAUAUUCUCGCUGAUGUUUUUAAUUCACCUGCACAGAAAGAUGCUUCAAAGAUUUCCCAUGGCACGAUAAGUUCACUAACACCCACUCAGUGUUUUAACACUCAACAGGGACACACCACUUCUUUGUGGCCUCCGAGGAGCAGCAGCAGCAGCAGCAGCAGCAAUCACAACUGCAGCAGUGACUUGAUUUCAACACAGUCGUGGCUUCCUGCCACACGGAACGCCAACAAUAUUCACAGCAGCUUUGAGAUGAUGGACCAGGGUGUGCCAUAUUCUCUAACCCACACUGGUGCACAGCAGACUUCGGUGGGCCCACAGCGUUCACAGCCACAGGGCCUUUCAGAGUGGCAACAUCAACAGCAGCAGCAGCAGCAGCAGCAGCAACAGCUGCCACCACAAACCUUUCACCAUUGCACUUUUUCACAUUCCAACACAGCGGUCAGCGUGAACUCAGCAGCUCACCCACACACACAGACAUUAUCUGGCAGCUGCAUGUAUGAAAACAGAGAUGGUCGCGUACAUCCUCGUCUGGGCCCCGCGUUCUCCAGUGGAGCCACGCGUUCUGCAGAGAACCCAGCGAACACGGCGGCCAUCACUCUGCCACAUCUGGACGUGACUGUUUCAGGCAGCCAACACGGGGCAGUGUCCAGUUCCAGCUCUCGCACAGUGAGUGGAAACAAUGCAAACGUAGGGAUAAACCUACCAGGAUAUUCCACUGCAAAUGGGUCGUUGCAGCCACCAUUCGUGUGUUGGAACAGUGAAGCUCAGACCUUGAAUGGUGGUGUCGACCCGUUUGCCUUCCCGGUCCGUCCUCCUGCGGGGAGCAUCAACCUUUCCAAAAACAUGGGACCAUUGUGACUUUUUUGCACUGAGCAUCAGUUCAGUUCAUCAGUGACUCAGUAAGAACCUUAGAGAUCGUUCCUACAUGGAUAGGAAAUCAGUGUAUUUUAAACUCGUCAAGACAUGUGGACCAUCUCAUUUCAAACUUAAAAAGAGAAAAAAAAGAACCUUACAGCAUUUUUCUGAUAUAGUGUCUCCAGUCAGCACCAGACAAUGUUUCUGGUUACACACGUGAUCAGUCUGUGGAUGGAAAAAGAUGCUCUGGUUUGUUUGUAUUACUAAAAAAAAAAAAGAAAUCAUCUUAGGUGGUGCUAAGCCAUUGAUGCAGUAACUGGGCGCUGUGUCCUCCAUUUUCACAGCAAACAAAACAAGGCAAUCAGAGAUGGCAGACUUCACUCCAUUCACACAACAAGCCUCUGUUGGUCAUAUUGGCAAGUGUGGAAACACAAACAGACAGACAGACAAACAAUACUUCACUCCCACAACGAGGGAGGGGGAGCCAAUCCCAGCUGACGGGGUGAAAGACGGAGGCGCAGCCUGGAAAGGUCACCUGUCCAUCACAGGGGCCAACAACAUAACACCACUGUGUUAUUUUUCCUGAUGGGCCAAAAGGGGCAUCCAGCGCCCUCUCCUAGAUCACACAGUACUUACUUCAAACAGUCUGAUUUUCUAGGCUGUACAUUUGGAAAUCCUACUGUUUUUUUAGGUUUGAGUUAGAACAUAUGUCCAUCCAUCCAUCCAUCCAUCCAUCCAUCCAUCCAUCCUGCUUAUCCUAUGAUUGGAAGCUGGUUACCUGAACCAGAAUUUAAACAAAAAAUCUUACUCUGAAGACCCUGGUUAUACGUCUUGGAAAGAGUGAGUUGGGUGGGCACAGACAGCGCAUGCGCAAACUGAAUUUCCGCCCCACUGGUAGGUGGAGUAUUACGCCCCGCUCACCAAGCAGAAAUAACAUUUCAACAACAGAAGAAGUAGUCGCCAAGGACAGUCAUCCAAGCCUCGACGUGUCCGAGGGAGCUGUAGCAUCGGUCUCUUCUUCUUUUGGAAGGAAUGUGUCCUAUUCCCGGCGUCCAGACUUGUACCGCCACUCGCUGGUGAAGUCAGACACUACAGGACCCUGACUCGCAGAGUACACCAGGGUCCGCAAUAUGUGAAAGUAUACCAGGGCCUUGAGGCAUCAGAAGCAGAGUCAUCCUUGCAAAGAAAACUACCAAAGUAAAAGACGUGUACCGGUUGUUUUUUCGGAUGAGUUUCUGUUUUUUUUUCUCCGAGCAAAUGGGAUUUUGAAUGUGGUAACAGACUACAAGUGAAAAUAGAAGCCUAACUAACGGUCCUAUAUCCACUAGAACAGUUUUUAAAAGAAGAUGGCCUUCAGGUGCUGACACACCUCUACUUGCAGCAGUUCUUACGCCAACUAUGUCUACUAGAGAUACACGUCUUUAUAAUACAAAUUACAUUUUGUACUAUUAUUUCCAGUGGCAACAACGUCAAGUGCUGUUAUUACUACACCAGAGUUUCUCAUGGCCACUACUGUUGUAGUUCUGUACACCUACGAAGCAGCAUGUAAGUGUGAUUUGAAAUGCACUUAAAAGAAAAAGAAGUUUACUUAUUUAUUCAAAAUAUUCACUAGUGCGGUGCUGUGACAUCAGAGCUCUGGGUUUGGAUUUUGACCCUCGUUGUGUUGUUCGGCUGAGUCUCUGACCCUUACGAUCUAAUGAGUAAGCGUUCUGGACAACAGUCGGAGAAACUAAAUGAAACAUGUGUUCAUUAUGUUUAUUUACAACCUAUUUGCUGAUGAAACAUACAUGUGUAUAUUUUUUUUAAACUCUAUAUCCUUAUGAAAGCAAAUGACUCUGUAAAUCAGGCUGUAUAGUUCUUUGGUGCAUUUCUUUACCAGAUCUUAAACACGUAAACAAGUGGUGACUAUUGGACGACAGCAGCUGUCAAUCACACUGGUGUCCAGUCCUCACUCUCUCAUCUCUUUUCCUCCAAAUGAAGAAGAGUUGAAACUAGCAUUUAAGACCAUUAACUCCACAGGGGAAUGUUUACUGACGUUAGAAAUCAAAUCAGACGUUAGAGCUCAUCUUUCUGUUAAACCAGAAAACCUCUGUUCAGUCUACGUUAAGCAUCCUUCAAACCUUCCUAUUGUACUUAAAGGUGCAGUGUGUCAAAAUUAGUGACAUCUAAUGGUGAGACUGCAUAAUUGCAAAAAGAAGCGCUUUACCAAGUGAGUCAGGGAACUACGGUGGCCUCCAUGUACCAGAAAGGACUGAAACACUCUUAUUUAACUCUCUCCGCUGUCUCUGCCAUUUCCUCCGUCUCCUUUUUUUUUGUUUUUUUGCAUAGCAACGUGCUUCAAGCUGCUGUAGAAACACGUACAUUAAAGGCUUAUUCAUAAACAAGAGCAAAAAAAUAAUUUCGAGCAAAUUAGGUAAAUUGAAAAGUACUAGUUUGCAUGUACCUAUGUAAGUAUAUGCAAAAAACAAAACUCUAAAACAUAGUUGUUGCUGGGUAUGACAGCAUUUUUGUGCAGAUUAUUGAUAAUAUUGUUAUUUAAUAUUCGUGGAAACAUAUUGAGCUUCUCAUGUUUGAUUCUCGAGCUGAGAAUUUCCACAGAAAUAAAAGAGGAAAAAAAUGCGUCUGAGCUUUCAGUCAGAUGUUACGGUCUUGUUUUCUCAGCUGUCAGAGAGAGAGAAGAGAAAAAAAACAACAUAAAACGUUAAUAAAAUUGCGAUUUUAUUACAGCGUUACAGAUGCUUCACAUGUGGAAUAUCUUAAAAUAUCAAAAACGUUUGUUGCACUAGUAAAAAAAACAUCAAAAACAGCUGCAUCACAAUUUUUCUCAUGAAACAUUCAGUAGUUUUUAAGGCACAGAUUAUAAUUCCUCAGCACUCAAAGAGUGAAUGGUUGUUCCAACAGGCUGUUAAAAAUGGCACUAACAGAUGUUUCAAUAAGAGGCAUCGUUUUUGAUAUAAUUUUUGUAAAAUUAAACAAUUAUUUUAAAAAAUAGGUAAGAAAGGUAAAAUGAGCUUUAACUUCAGCCUGCACUCUUCUCAGUUUACCACUGAGAUUUUUUAAUGGUUUUUUUUUGUCACAUAUCAAUCAAUGAAAUGUCAUCUCUUCACAUUAUAAUUUGGGACACGGGAGAAACGGCAGCUCGAGAAAAAGAAAAGAUCCAAAUAAUGCUGUAAAUGCUCUCACAUUGCAUCAUUCAGCUCUUUGAACAAAGGACUGUUCUGUGUCAUAUUCAUACGCUUUAGUUUUGCCUGUAGGAGAUGACUGCCGUGUCAUUCUGCGUCGGUAAUGUUACCCUCUGUAGCUGCUUUGUAUUCCGUGUGUACAAAAUAUAACCACUGGAGCCUCGUCUCGUUUUAUUUUCUUUCUUUUUUUUUUUUGCCAUUAAAGAUUUGUAACCCCCUCA